AUGGAGAUGGACGAUGACCCAGAUCCGGAGAUGCAGACCGGAACACCAGACCACCCAAUAAGUAUAUCCAGUGGAUCUCCAUUUCAGGGAUCCCCAUACCGUGGGCCCGAUUCUUUCCAGGAGAGGAUGGCCACCUUUGAUUGGUACUUUACUCCUUCGUACCAUAACUCUCCAGCCCAACCACCAUUGGUUGAACCCCAACUCCAAGCAGUUUCACCACCACCACUUCCUGUUGAGGAGCCGCCUCAACAGCCACCGCAGCCACCUCCCGAGCCUCCGAGGCGAAGGAGGAACGCACGUAUGUCCGUGCGAGGAGGACCUCGUUUUAGUUCUCCUCAGGGUUCAAGUUCUUACCCUCAUUUUCCAGAGGACCCCCAAGUGGGUGGGCCCUCGAACGCGGCGCCGGAGAUCGAUCCUCCGCCAGCUUCUUAUGCACCACCUCAGCCGCCUAUGGGUUUUGAUAACCCAAUCCCGACGUACCCAGGUUCUUCUGGGUACAAUCCUUUCGAAAACCCAUUGGGAUAUCCAUCGGACUAUGGAACUCAAGACCCGUACCUUACAGAUGCACAGUACCAUCACCUUUACCCUUCUUCUUACCCUCCAGUUCAUCCAACUAGAUACCCAGUGCAGGGUUAUCAGUACCCGCCAUACCAGCAACCUCCUUCCUUCCAGCAGCAGCAAACUCAAGAGAUCCUUGAGAGGUUAGACAAGGUUGAACACGAAGCUAGGAAAAACAAAAAGGAGCAUGGUAGUUUUAUGAAGGGUCUUGCAAACUUUCUUAAUGGAAAGAAGAAGUAG